UUCAUGUUUCUCUCUACACUGCUCUACACGACACACACAUUUUCUCUCUCUCCCAAAGCAUACGGCGUCGUUCGGUGGAAGUUUACAGUGCACAUUGGCGUGUGGUUCGUUGUUCCCUCUUGUUAACCUCACAUUAUUAUACCUAUAUAUACAUCGUGUGUAUAUACAUAUAUAAAUUUAACAUUCACAUACGUUUUUCAACGAAUAAAAUAAAAUAAAUUUUUUACAAUGGCUGGCGGCAAGACAGGCAAGGAUUCUGGCAAAGCAAAAGCAAAGGCGGUUUCACGUUCAGCGAGGGCCGGCUUGCAGUUCCCAGUUGGUCGUAUUCACAGACACUUGAAAAACAGAACAACAAGUCAUGGAAGAGUUGGAGCAACAGCAGCAGUUUACAGUGCCGCUAUUUUGGAAUAUCUUACAGCUGAGGUUCUUGAAUUGGCGGGUAAUGCAUCAAAAGAUUUGAAAGUCAAACGUAUCACACCUAGACAUUUGCAACUUGCUAUUCGUGGUGACGAAGAAUUGGACAGUCUUAUCAAAGCAACAAUUGCUGGAGGAGGUGUUAUUCCACAUAUUCACAAAUCGCUCAUUGGCAAAAAAGGCUCGCAAAAACCAGCAUAAUUAUCAAAUAUUUAGUUUUGUUAAAAAUAAGAAAAUAAAAUAAUAAUAAUAACAUUUGAAAAAAAAAAAAAAACAAAAAAUUAAUUUAAAAACACGUGGAAAUAUUAAACUUUUUUUGACAAGUAAAAUAAUUUUACAAAUGUCGAUAGAUAAAGUUUGAAAAAAUAAAUGAAAAUAAAAAUUUUUAAUGAAAAUUGCGCGAGUGAUUUUUAGAUUAAAAAGAGUGUAUUGAAUGGAAUGAAAAUAAUAAAAAUAAGUAAACAAUCAAGGACAGGAGUGAUAUAUAUAUAUAUAGUUUAUAAAUAAAUAAUUAAAAAAUAAAAAAAAAAAGAAAAUUAAUAGGCAAAAAGGAACGUUUGAUAAAACCGAAAUAAAUAAUUCAUUGUCAUUCAGAAUAAAUUAAUUUUUGGUAAUUAAUUUAUUAUGAUGAUUGCGUAAUAGUUAUAAUAAUUUUCAUCAUUUUUUACCGUGAAAACAAAAUAUAAUUUAAAAACAAAAACACAGAAUGUCAAUUGUUUUAAAAUUUUUUUUUUAUUUUUUUUUUUUUAUAUUAAAAACUUAUCUAGAGUUAUGAAUAUAUUUAAUAUUCAUUUGAUUUAUUUCCGCGUGUUUUUAGUUAUGAAUAAAUAAUUCCAGUUUAUUAAAAAAAAAAAAAAUUAUAAAAUUAUUUUAUUAUGAUCUCUCAGUUUCAAGAGAAAUCCUUUUUUUUUUUUUUUUUUAACUUUUUUUAAAAUUAUAUUUAAGGAAUAAUUUAUACGGUUAAUUGCAAGAUCUUUGGGUCAAUUUUAUUAUUUUUUUUUUUUUAAAUCAUCAAAGCAGUGGUGAGAAAAAUAAAAAAAAUUGAAAUUUGUGUGUAAAAAUGUGAGUGUAAUGCACGUUAAACUGCUGAGGGAUAAUUUUUGUUGUUUUUUUUUUUUUCAACAUUUGUAACGAUCGUUCUAUUUUCAAAGUCUAUUUUUAUCAAUAAUGUCGAUUAGAUUGAUCGUUAAGCUAUUUAUCUUUUGAUUAAAAAGGAAAAAAAAAAAAAAUUACAAAUAAAGAAAGUAAUUACCCAAAUUAUCUUGCAAAUUUUGCGUUUUUUUUUUCUUUUAAAUAAAUUUGUUGAAAAGAAUUCUUUUUAUUUCAUUGAUUAAUCAAUGAAUCAACU